GACAUUUGGUAAAUUGACAAGUAACUAAAUACGAAAACAACAAUAAAAAUAUACGAAAUAAUUAUUAUUUAAAACGGUCUUAUUAUCAUAAUAAUUAUUGAUGCUUUGUUCGAUUGAAAAAACAAGUAUCGUCAGUUCUUUCAAAAAAUAUGGUUAUUCCUUUGUUCGAAAAGUAAGGUUAUAUUAUGAAUCAGGGUGAUUGUACUGGCAAAGUUGAACGUUUUUGACGUGUUACCUUAAGGGAGCCCGCCUUUUAUGGGUUGAUUGGGGUCAAGAAAGUUAUUGAGUUAGUUCAAUACGAGAUUUCAUCAUGAGUGAACGUGAGAGGCCUGGGAGUUCAGGAUCGCAAGAGAAUGGUGAAAAAGGAAUGACAAUUCCUAACCAGUCUGGCCCUAGUGGACCCAGCUAUUUUGCCAGUGAGCCAAUAACGUUUAGAGUUCGUGGAUCUACUAUCACAGGGGCAUCUCCCCCAAAAUUUGUUACUCUUGAGGACAUCAUGAAAGCUGCUCAUGGCAUGCAGAACAUGGCUUUGGCUCAUGAAAUCGCUGUUGACCAGGACUUCAAGUUGGAACCAUUUGAACCUCCAGAUAAUAGUUACCAGAAAUUAGUGAAAGAUACAAUGCACAAAGCAUAUUUUGAUAUACUGAGAGAACAAUUGAAUUCCGAUCCACCAGAAUACAAGCAAGCAUUGGUCCUGCUAGAAGAUGUGAAGCAGGGUCUGUUCUCAAUACUGCUACCGCGUCACACUCGUAUAAAGGAAAUGAUAAAUGAAGUCUUAGAUCAUGAUUUUAUUAAACAGCAAGCUGAGAACAAUAGUCUCGAUUUCCAGAAAUAUGCUAAAUUUGUCAUCGAUUUGAUGUCGAAACUGGCCGCUCCAGCUAGGGAUGAAAUGUUACAGAAUUUAACGAGCAUUAAUGACACAGUAGAUCUAUUCAGAGCAAUCUUAGAAGCUUUAGAAAUAUUGAAGUUAGAUCUUGCCAAUACUCUGAUAGCUAUGAUCCGACCACACGUACAGAAGGAAAGUGUCCAAUAUGAAAGAACCAAGUUCGAUGAAUUGCUUAAAGUUUCAGAAGAUGGUUUACAACACACGAGACAGUGGUUGCUCAGACAUAUAGACAAAAGUGACUUGAGUUUACCGAUAUCUGAUGUGAAUAUUAUAAGAAAUGUCACCGCACAGACAUUGGCAAAAGCGUACUUGGAGCUCCUGGAAUGGGAUGAUAAUAAAACUUAUCCGGAGACUUUACAUAUCGACAAGCCGCGAUUCACUGAGCUGGGUAUACAAGUGUAUAGGCUUGUGUGCGUCGCUUCAUUGUUAUUAGUCAGUCCAUCAUGUGGUGAACAGACCACACACAAACAGAAAUUGAAAGAAAAGAUAUACAUUAUAAUGGACGCUACAAGCAAUGAUAUAGAAUUAAAACAAAUUCUACCAUCUGUUGCUGAGGAGGUGGUCUUAGAGACAAAUCAGUUACUGGAAACAUUAGGCCAGACGCAACUCACAAAUGAAACAAAAGAUGUUAUUCGGUCACAAAUACUAUCAUUGAGAGACAAUGAACACAGAGUCAGACAGAUUGUUCGUCAAAGGGUGUUGGAAUUCUUGAAAAUGGUAUUAGUCUGUGCCGGCGGUGCGAGGCAAAUACCUGUUGGGCUGUCAGCUUUCACUAACGAGCUGACUUCCGUUUCCGGUACACUCCUGCGUUACGUUAUGCAUAAUAAGGCUGUGUUCACAUCACACUACAUGGACAUCAUCACAGAAGAAUUAAGCAAGAAUCAAUAAUUUCUUUGUAAUGUUGUAACAGUUUUAAAUGGCAACACAAGUAAUCAAAUUUUAAUAUAAUAAUAGCAACAUUGCCAAUUAAUGUCGGAAUAUAUUUUAUAAAAAUACAAUAGUUGUAACAUCAUCAUAUUUUUUUUAAUGUAUUAUGUAAAGACUAAUUAUUACAUUAUUAAUAACAACAUUAUAUACGAAAUAACAGGUGUUGCCAACAUAGUUUAAAUUUUUACCUAUACUAACACACAAACUAUGAAACCUAAACAAAUAGCAUUUUAAUAUUAACGUGUUAUUAUUUAUUAUAUAUGUAAGAAUGUAUUCUUUUAUCUUGUGUUUAAAAUUUUAAUGUAUUUAAUAGAAUAAUUUUAAAAAUUUUGGUCACAUUUGAAUAGGUAUCACGCUGUGAACAUUAUUUACCAGCAAUAUAUGGGAGCAAGUUUAAAAAUGUACUAAUAAUUUUUUUUCUAUCAACUAUAAAAUAUACAGUAAAUAAUA